CCCCUUCGUUGUCGUUUGACAACCAUUUCAGGUUUUCAUUUGCGACGCACCUUGGGCUAUAUUAUCCAUUGAAAUUGCUAGUUUGUGCUCGCUGCAGUAGUGUUUUUACUAAUUGAAUAUUUGAUAGUGAAUUUAGGUAUUUUGAAAUAACCUCUGACCCCAGAUUUUUAUAGCAAUGGGCUUUUUGAGUUAUGUGUUUGGACCGAAAUUAUAUCAGGAGUAUGGGUUGGAUAAGAAACUUUACGAACCAGGUGGCUUGGAACGCUUCGGUGAUCAAAUUUUAUCCACGCUCUCUUUGAUGUGGAACAUUAGCUAUUAUACAUCUCCGCUUAUAGUAACUUUCUUGUACAGAAGAGGCUACUUGAUUGCCGAUUCCAUUUCAUCAUUUUUCAAGUUCACCACUAGUAUUGGUAUCAUUGUCGUCAUAUCGUUAUGUAUUCGCGGUUUAGGUCGCUCUCAAUCAAGGUCGUAUGUAAAAAUGAUCAAGGCUAUCGAGUUGUCCAAGUUAUCCAACUCUGAUGAAGCCAAGCGAGCUAUUCGGAAAUUCGACUUUGAUUUUCGUUCAUGGCAGGUAGACUUUGAUGCAAGUAGCUUGCAAAGCGAUGAGAAGAAAAGACAAUUAGCUACAAGCAGCCGCGACCCUCGCCAAUUUAGAUUUGCUACAUUACCAUGCAAACUAGCCGCAUAUGUGGCCAUACACACAUUUGGUAUACGCAUGAUUUAUCCCGGAUAUAUAAAGAUUUUACAAUAUUACAUGCAUGCAUUCUUGGUUGAAGGACGGUCCAAAUUGGUUGAUGAGCACAAUGCUGUGCGUAACAAAAUAAAAACGGUAGAUCACAAUGAAAUCGAUAGCAUUUUCGUAGACAAUCGUCAAAAUGGAAAUGCAAACGGAGAUACCCUAGUUAUUUGUUCUGAAGGAAAUGCCGCUUACUAUGAAGUCGGUAUAAUGGGCACACCGUUGGCGUUAAGGUAUUCUGUACUAGGAUGGAAUCAUCCGGGUUUCGCAGGCAGUUCUGGUGCUCCAUAUCCAGAUCAAGAUAAAAAUGCCAUCGAUGCCGUUGUGCAAUUCGCUAUUCACCAUCUUGGUUUCGCCGUCGAAGACAUUAUUUUAUAUGGCUGGAGUAUUGGUGGAGUUAGCGCUUUAUGGGCUUCGAAUCUCUAUCCAGAUGUAAAGGGAGUGAUUUUAGAUGCAACAUUUGAUGACGUGUUGUAUCUUGCGCAGUCGCGCAUGCCCGAGAGCUUGGCCGGUAUAGUGAAGCUUGGUAUAAGGGAAUAUUGUAAUUUAAAUAAUGUAGAAUCUAUACAAAAUUACAAUGGACCAAUACUACUGAUACGGCGGACCGAGGACGAAAUCAUUUCCGACGAUAAUCGCAUUGAAUCUAACCGUGGAAACUACUUGGUUAUAACUCUACUUAAGUAUCGUUAUCCGUUGAUAUUUAAGACGGCACAAUUGGCACGGAUUAAGAACAUUUUGUCGCGCCCUGUAGAAACAAAGAACUUUUCUGUAACAAAUGAUGACCUUUGCAUGUCCCGUCUCAUAACAUACGCUUCUGAUCAGGGUAAAUCGUUUCCGAUGUUGAUUGGUGAAGAUUACACAGAAGAAACUCGAGAUCAAAUGGCCGAAUUUUUACUGCGAAAACAUUUUCGUGAUUACAAAUCUACACAUUGUACACCGUUGCCUAGAGAUUACUUUGACAUUCCAUGGGACAUUCCCAUUGAAAGUGGCUUUGUAUUUACCUAAAUCGCUUUAAUAACAUGAGGUAGCUGUGACUGUUGUACACUAACUGUGACUAGUUGUACACUAAGCAAAGCUGUACUAAUAUUCGUUGGCGAUUGAUAAUAGAUAUUUGAAGUUCUAUUUCCGUUUAUGAUAUAUGGAAUGCAUUUAGAUUUAAUUUGAUUGUAAUUAAUAAAAAUAUUUCAACACUUGUUUGGGACACUGUAUUGAAAAAUGACAUUGAAUAAUAAAAUGAGUAAAUAAGAACAUAAA